CACCACAGAACAAUUGAUUAAUGAUCAUUAUUUAUAUAAUGAUCGACGCUUGGAUUAUGGAUUUGUCCCUCCGGAGUCAGCUGAAGCUCUCAAAAGACACGUGAGAACCAUGGCAAUGGCGGUUGGGAUCGGAGAAGGAAAUUCGGUCGCCGGCGGUGGAAGUUUAUCGGAACUUUACCAAAGCUCCAGGCGGCUCUUACUCAAGUCUCGAGAUGGUUUAGAGAAGCUCGAGCGUUUCGAGUACACUUCUUCUUCUUCUUCUUCAUCUUCCAUCCCAUCGUCAUCUUCGAGCACCGCUAUAGUCGAUCCUUCGGAACAAUCAUUUGACGCCGUAAGGAAAGAUAUCGCUCAGAUCCAGUCUCUUUGCUCCGAAAUGGAACUUCUCUGGCGAUCUAUACCUGCCAAAUCCCAGCGUGAUCUCUGGAAAAGAAAAGUGGAACAAGUGGCUGAAGAAGCUGACUCUUUGAAAGCUAGUUUGGAUAAAUACAAUUUAAGACAUCAGCGGCGUAUGCAAGAAGCCCGGGAAAGAGCAGAACUGAUAGGGAGAGCUAAUGGUGAUUCAUCCCAUGUUCUGAGGAUUUUCGAUGACGAAGCACAGGCGAUGCAAUCUGCUCGUAGGUCAUCAAGAAUGAUGGAAGAAACGUUGGCAACAGGUGUGGCCAUUCUGUCUAAAUAUAGUGAGCAAAGGGAUCGUUUGAAGAGAGCUCAACGUAAAGCGCUGGAUGUGCUUAACACUUUGGGGCUAUCAAAUUCUGUUAUGAGACUCAUUGAGAAGAGGAAUCGUGCUGAUCGAUGGAUCAAAUAUGCAGGGAUGGUCGUAACAAUCGUAAUCCUGAUUUUCAUUUGGAGGUGGACAAGAUGAUAGGUGCUAUAUCAUCAAGGGGACUAUUAAAAUUAGCACAUUUUCUUGUGGUAGUACUGAGGGGCAAUGAAAUUGUGAGAGUGAUUUGAAAGGAAUCAGAGAGGAAUCCGACUUGUGUAGCCAUUUUAGCUAAUGCGCAGAUCUUGAUAAGCAUUGCAAUGUAAAUGUCAAAAUGAACAUCGUUUAAGCUACUGAUUUUAAAUCUUAGCUUGCUCCAUUUUCUCAUA